AUGAAGAACUCAACCAACAUCACCUUUGCAUGGUUCAUAACCAUCUCCAUGUUAUGUUUGCUUGCAAAUUCUCAACUAACAACAACUUUUUACUCAAAGUCAUGUCCCAACCUUCUCAGUAUUGUACGCAAACAAAUGAUGAACGCGAUCAAAACCGAAACAAGAAUGGCAGCUUCUUUACUCCGCCUUCACUUCCAUGAUUGUUUUGUAAAUGGGUGUGAUGCAUCAAUUUUAUUGGACGGAAGCAACGGAGAGAAAACCGCUUUUCCAAACAUCAAUUCCGCUAGAGGAUACGAGGUGGUGGAUGCCAUUAAAACCGCUGUGGAAAGCUCGUGUAGUGGAGUAGUUUCAUGUGCUGACAUUCUCGCGAUAGCUGCCCGGGAUUCCGUUCUCUUGAGUGGGGGACCAUCAUGGAAGGUUUUACUAGGAAGACGGGACGGGCUUGUGGCGAACCAAUCUGGAGCUAAUUCAAAACUACCCGCGCCAUUUGAGUCGGUUGGUAACAUCACACUCAAGUUUGAAGCUGUAGGCCUUAAUCUCACCGACGUCGUGUCACUAUCAGGUGCGCAUACGAUCGGGUUAGCGAGUUGUGCUACGUUUCAAAACAGAUUAUUUAACUUCUCGGGAUCAAAUGGUCCGGAUAGCACGAUGUUGGAUGGGAACAUGGUGUCGGGGCUUCAGAAUUUAUGUUCACCCGGAGAUGUUACCCGGACAACUCAACUUGACUGGAACUCAACGGAUUUGUUUGAUAAUAAUUAUUUUCAAAAUUUGGUCAAAGGGAGGGGAGUUCUUGAGUCUGAUCAGUUUUUGUAUUCGAGUGCUCAGGCUGUGUCAACUACAAGAAGUCUUGUUGAUGUUUACAGUAAAAACCCCAAGCUUUUUUCUGAUGAUUUUGCUAAUUCCAUGGUCAAAAUGGGGAACAUAGAACCACUUACUGGGUCGGCUGGAGAGAUUAGGAAGAAUUGCAGGGUUGUUAAUUCCUAA